AUGCAGAUGUUCCUUUUGAUAUCAGCUUCCAAGUCAAGGAUCAAACUUUAUUCUCUGGGUAUGGUCCUCUUCGCUCUUGGAUAUACGGGCCGACUAACAUACUUCGACCACAGUCAGUGGGAGCCACUGGAUGGCCAGUCAGUCAGCUUGUCUCUGAAGUGCAAUGACUGCCGGACAUGGGGCCAGCUCACCGCUUCUGCGACCUUUCCAGACGACUUCGCUGAGAUUGUCGACGACUUCAGCGACCUAAAUCCGUUCAAUGACAUUGAUCUCGCGGUGCAAUUCAAUGGUGUUGGUGCGCUCAUUGAUGUAGGUAUCGGCGCCGCAUUGGAUGGAACGGUCAAGGUUCCCCUCUUCAUAACGGAGACACCCCUGGGCAUUGCAAUCCCGGGCUCGCAGAUAGGCAUAGUCUUCUCUGUGGAUCUCGUACUCGGGCUCACCGGAGAGGUGAACGUGAAUGGAGGAUUCCAAAUCACCGUUCCGGACACAUCGUCAUUUACCCUGUCCUUAGAUCCUACGAAGGAUGUUGUCGCUCAGUUCAACGGCGCCUCAGCCAGCCUUUUGCCACUUACUGCCGACGUCCCAGCAAACGUGACCAUGGCUCUACAGCUAGGGGUUCAGGCAGGAGUCCAACUGACUGCUGGCAUCUCUCUAGGUGCUACUGCGCUAGCGGGCGCCUUCAUCAACAUCCCGCAAAUCACCAUUGGCGAACAGUUCUCGACUAACCAAACAUGUCUCCCGGCCUUCGCAGAAAUCGACAUCAACGCAGGUGUGUUCGUUGAUGUUGGUGCCAACAUUGGUAUAAUCGACCUUCCGGGUAUCAACCCAACCGCAGCCACGACCUUAUUCUCAGCUUCCACCAGCACCUGCUUUGGUGAUAGUACACCGUCAUCAACCGCAACAACGGCUCCGGCCUGUCCCGUGGAUUUGGUCACGCAGACGAUAAUGACUAUGCCCACGCAGUCACUGGUUGCCUGUGCAGUCUCGGCUAUAAACUGUCCAGCAAGCUUGGCGCAGACCGUGCUCGUGGAAGGACCGCAGGUAAUCACAACCUCCAUUUGCCCGGUCGGUGUUGGGGUGAACACAACGUCUGUCUCGGCUACUUACUCAGUAACCAAUGCCGUGACACUGUCUGUACUGCCAACGCCGGUCACUUCAACCGUAAGUAUAGACCCCACGGUCACGGCUCCAGCUGGUACAGUGUCUGCGAUUGCCGCCUUGUCUCCAACGGCAGUCACAGAAGUUGGGACAGUCGGACCAAUAGGGACGAGGACUAUCACGAGAUGUGGAUCGGCAGGGCCGACCGCCUCGGCGAGUGGGAGUCUGUAUUACGGAGCCGCAUCCAGCGGUGGCGGCGAGCGUGGAGAGGGGUGGGUCUGGCCGUCCUUGCGGGCCGGUUUGUAG